AAUCCGUAAAGCUGUAUAUCUUUUUAUUCACGUAUGUAUUUCGUAUUGCAUAUUUUAAGGGGUAUAUUAAACUUCCUUAUCGAUAAAGAACGCUGUAAGCAAGUUUCCUCAUUGGUCGAUGAAUAACCAAUAAGAGAUUUAAACAAUUACAUCUCUAUAAUGUGAUUGCGGUAAAGUCGAACGAGUUUUGAUAGAAGUAAAUCAACAGGUAGAGCAUAUUAUAGUUUUUUAAUUUGCAGUGAAAUAAAAAUAUAGCAUAACUUAUUUUAGGUUAGCUAAGAAAUAGAAGAAACGAGAUACAAGACAAUUAAUUUGAUCUUAACAAGCUGUGAUAGAUUUGUUAGAUCAGUAAUUAAGUAUUUGAUUCAUUAUACUAUAAUUAUGGAUCCAGGAAUAAUAUGUUUUCGUCAUUGUAAUAUUAAGAAUGUCUUUUGUAAAACUAUCCCAGAAGAAUGUCCAUUGUGCAAAGAAUUUAUUGUAAAUUUUCGUAUAGAACCAUUUAGAAUUCCAUAUCCAUUUACAAAUGCAACAAGUCAAUCAACUUCAAUUGUAAUUAAACCUUCUCGUGGUACAUUUUUAGAUAAUUAUGAAAUUAAUGAUCUUUUACAUAUUGGAGUAAUUAAUUCUAGUGGAAAUCUUUUUGAAUUUGAUAGAUAUGGUUUAAUUAUUAAUAAUUUUGCACAAUGGACAAGUUGCAUAGCAAUAGAAGUAGUACCAUCUUCUUGGAAUUAUUACUGGGAUGAAAUAUUAAAUAUUAUGAGGCAGGAUAGUAAAUGGAAGCCUAUUAAUUACAAUGAAGAUACUAUGAAUUGUUUUAAUUUUGUUAGAGAAUUUUUGUAUAAAUUAAAUUAUACUAAUCUACAAUUUAAAAGUGCCGAGAAUAUGUGUAGGGAGCUCAUAUUACCUAAACUUCAUGAAGCUGUUAGAUAUAUUACAUUAUACAAAAAGUUGAAAUAUGGUGAAUAUUUUAUAUCGGAUUAAUCAAAAAAAUAUAUGGAGUAAAAAAUAAUAUUUAAGGUAAAAGCACCAGUUAGUGACAGGGGUCUAAUUAUGGACACUAUUUUAUUUUGAAUUCUAUUUAAUUAUUUUUAACGUAAAUAGCUUUUGUGUUUUUUUUUUUUCAGAUAAU